GACGACCGACGAACGUUCGGCGCAUACACAAUUUUCUCCGAUAGCCACCCUGUCAAAUUUUCACUUAUAAAUGUAAUAUCGUAUUGUGGAAUUUUCAUCUUGAUAAAAAUUUUUAUUGCGUUCGGCCCAAUGCCUCCUUUCCAAGAUUGCUGUGAAUAGUACACCGCUCGCGGACGAGUGAAAAUUGAGUGCAUACCUUACGACCUACUUAUUUUCUUGGAAAGUAGUCCUUUGCUCCUAAUCGUCCAUUUUAUCGCAGGGCUUGCCUGGGAAAUUCAACGUGACUUAAUUCGAGGAAAGGAACAUUGCCUUGUGAUCUCUAAACAAUUGAAGGUUGUUAGGUUUUGACAGGUUUAGCAAAUAUGAGUGGAAAUCCAAUAAAUUAUUGAAAUUAAUGACAAUUCUUUAGUGCUAAGCAGCUUAUUCACUGAUAAAACCAAUCGAGUUUUCCACUUAAACACUCAGUUGUGAUAAAUUGAUUGUGUACUUUACGCCUUGAGACAUGAGCCGCCCAGGUCAGAGAAUUCAAGUACCUGAUGAUCUUCGUGAAGUUUUACUUGAAUUCACAAUUAGUUAUUUGUUAGAGCAACCUGGAGAUGUUGUUGAGUUCGCUGCUGAAUACUUUAGUCGACUGAGGGAGACCAGAACCACUGCUUUGUUGUACGAAGGUGCAGCAAUAUCGCCUGAUGAAGAGUCAACCAUGUCUCGAGAAGAAGAGCCUCCGAUAUCGAGAUUUGCAACGCGACGCAAAUCGGUCUUCGCCGAAACCUACGAUCCAGAGGAAGACGAAGAUGAAGGGGAGAAACUGGUUUAUCCGAAAUCGGACGAACAGAGGUCCAGAUUGGCGGAGGCUGUUCGUAACAUACUGCUCUUCCGCUCGUUGGACAAGGAGCAAAUGCAGGACGUUCUAGACGCAAUGUUCGAAAGGAAAGUGGAAGAGGGGGAGACUGUCAUUACCCAGGGUGAUGACGGUGAUAACUUUUAUGUUAUCGAACACGGAAUAUAUCACGCUUUGGUCGGAGAGCCUGGCCAGGAACCGAAACACAUACACACUUACGAGCACAGCGGCAGUUUUGGGGAACUGGCCCUGCUGUACAACAUGCCCAGGGCGGCUACCAUCAAGGCGAUCACAGAUGGCGCCCUCUGGGCGAUGGACCGUCAAACCUUCAGACGUAUCCUGCUCAAAUCGGCCUUCAAGAAGAGGAAGAUGUACGAAACGCUUAUCGAGAGUGUUCCGAUGCUCAGCACUCUGCAGCCCUACGAGAGGAUGAAUCUCGCCGACGCUUUGGCUCCUAGAGUUUGCACGCCGGGAGAGAGAAUUAUUAGACAAGGAGACGCGGCUGACGGAAUGUACUUUGUAGAGCAAGGUGUUGUGGUUAUUAAAGUUUACGACGACAGCGGCAAGGAAGUGGAGAUCAACAGGAUCAAUAAAGGUGGUUAUUUCGGGGAACUUGCCUUGGUGACUCACAGACCGAGAGCUGCUUCGGCGUACGCGGAUGGAGAUGUUAAAUUAGCAUUUUUGGAUGUGGAAGCGUUCGAGAGAUUAUUAGGGCCGUGUAUGCAACUAAUGAAGCGCAAUAUCAAUGAUUACGAGGAACAAUUGCUCAAAAUAUUCGGCUCAAAGCAAAACAUGAGAGACAUCCGAUGAAGUGGGAAAACCAACCGAAAAAGCUCCCCUGGUUCAUAAAAUCCGCCUUUUUAUUAAUUUUAAAUGGAAUUCAACAGUGCAUGUCUCUGGUAAUCUGUCAAAGACGCUACUAUAGAUAUCUAAGUCAAAUGAUGAAAAGUACACACAAACACACACAAAGAAAAAGCGCCAAAAAAAAAAAACGGGGUGGAAAGUUCACUAGUCAUGUGUAUAUAUAACAUAUAUAAAUAUAUAAAUAUGAAACGAGUAAUAUAUCGUUGAACACGAGCCAAACGCUUUGUUGUAACGCCAUCGAUGGAUGUGUUCCGUUGGUAUAUAGAGGAGUCCCCCUACUGCUGGACAGUGUGUUAUCCUCCUUCACUAAUAAUUGUGCGUCCCUGUGUACUCAUUCGAAGAUGUAGUCAUGUCCCCUCCAAUCACCGACUAAGUGGCUGUUCCCCAUUCGAUGUUUCAUAAUUGUGUUUCGUUUGUUUCUAAACUUGAGUGUCCUUUUUGCGUGUUUGUUUGAACAAUUUCCACAAGAAUGGUCCCCCCCUCCCCCUAAAAUUCAUCUUUUCCCACUGUCAAGUUAAUAUUUUGUUGGUGAUUGUUAACGAAAAUGCUUGUAGAUACGAUUGACUAAUUCAGUAGUUUGAGUUGAAGUUUUUUUUUUUUUAAUUUUACCAGUAAAAUUACCAAACUUUUCUCUGGUUUGAAUUAGAUUUUUUGAAGGAAAAUUGAAGGGUGAUGCGUGUGUGCCUUUAAAGGGAAAUGUUCAAUAAUUUGGUCGGUAGAUAAUUGGAAAGAUCCUGAAUAACACUUUUAUGAUGCAGAUUGCUUUGAAGAAGUCCGAUUAAGGCAUCAUUGAGAAUCCCUUCAAAAUUUAUACGGAUGUACUACGUUGAAGUAGUUAAAAACAAAUUGAUUGUAAUUUAUUAGAAUAGUCUUUUGAAAACCACCUUUUUGUAAAUUUAGAACAAACACGUGAAAAUAAAUUAUCUAUUGUAACUGUAGGUUUGAAGUACCUAACGCUGCUAGAGCACACGGCUGUAGCAAAUGGACAUUUUUAUUCAAAUAUCUCUGUACUGAAUGUUGAUUUAGUGUAAAGAGUUAGUUCAUAUUGAGACUUUCUGUCCAAUGGUUUUUUUGGCAUUAAGUUAUCACUGAUUUUAACAAUGAAACUUAAAAAUUUGUACUAGUAAAAAUAAUAUAGUUUAUUUUCAUCUAUUUAUUAUUUUGUUUUCGUUUUAUUGUAUAUGGAAAUUGAUGUUUUUAUUCCCUUCUUAUUUAAUUAUUUAGUUGUUGUUAUGAUUUAAAUUUUUAUCAAGUGGAGUGAUUCAUGUUGUUUCAUCGAACAAAUAUAGCCAAAGGAUUAAAGGUCAGUGCCAAUUAAGUUCCUGCCCCGAGGAAUUUCUUGAAAUUUCUUUGGUUAUUUGCUCAAAUGUAUUAAAGUUCCAUAACUUGUGAAUGAUACUUCUUUCACUAUUGGCGAUAUACACGUUCAUUAUUUUCUGGAUUGUUCAUUGAAACAUGCUUUAAUUUUCGCGGAAAUAUGUCAGUACUAAAACUGAUUUUUGUUUUUUUUGGAAUGUUUUAUUUCAAUGCUCAUUUAAUGGAAAAAGUAUGAUAAUAAUAUCUUAACAUAUUUAUGCAAGAAUUAAAGCAUGAAAUCCGGACAAAUGAAAACCAAAUCAUUCCAUUUUUUGAAUCACUCAGUGGUAUGUUCCAGAGUAUUUAUUAUAUUUAUUUUAUUGUUAAACGAUUUAUUUGCUCAUUUUCACUUUGUUCCUCGUCUCUAGAUUGUGUUCCCAGCGAUGAAAAUUCUUGUUCAGAUCGAGAAAGGCUGAACAUUAACAGUUAUAAUCCAUAGUAGAAAGUUAUGUGAAAUUUAUAUGAAAUAUUUCAUAUGGAACAAGGAUAUUUUCACGAUUAUGGAGAAAACUAUGCCGGAUGGUGUCGUAGGCCUCUUGAAGUGGUGUUUUAAAACAAUUUUCGCUGAAAAAAAAACAGUUGAAAAAUUAGUUUUUUUGAUCAAACUUUGAAGAAUUUUUCGAGGAUACCUAAAUUUAAAACUACUUGCCCCUGCAACCUGAAAAGAAUACAAUUUUCUCCAUAUGUGUGAAGUUGGCCCGUCACUUUGAUUUUCGUUUUUUUUUUGUGCUAGGUUUGUGCUGCUUUGUGCCGUUUAAUUUUUUUCUAUAUUUCAUACUAUUCUCAAGAUAUUUAAGUGAAAAAAAUCUCCAAUUCAGUCAGAAGAAAAAAGUAAACGUUUGAAUAUGUGAAAUUUUGUGAUCUAUAAUGCCUUUACUAGAUUUUAGUGGUUUUAGUAAAUUCAGAAUGAAGAAACAAUUUCAACGGCGAAAACCAAUUCAGCACAAAAAAAUUUCGAAAAUCUAAAUGUGAUUGGCCACGUUUUCCAAGUUGGCAGCGUCACUCAUAUCACUUAAUUCGAGGUUAAGGUGGAAUAUACAAUUACAGUCUUAUUUUUAAGAUGAGUAUUAUAUUUCUGGAGGAAUUUGUUGGACUAGUUAGAUUUAGAGCCUUGGUAGUAUAGAAUGAAUGUAUCGUGAAGAUUUUUAAUAAGAAACAAGAAGAAUUUAUGCUGGAUACUACAGGGUAAUAUUCGUUUUGUGUAAUCCACCUGAGGAGAAUUUGAAAUUAUUGUUCGGGCAUCACGUUUCUCCAUUAUCCAAACUGUGAUGAACUUGAAUCUCCUAGUUCCAUUGUUAAUUUAAGUUAUUCAAAAAUUAUUGUAGGACGUAACAGUAUUUUUUUCAAGUAUUAGAUUCCAGAGUCUGACAAAUUCUUCUUCGAAUACAUGUUAGAUAAUAGAUAGAUGGUAGUCUAAAGGCUUGUCUGUUAACUGUUCUCAAAAAGGUAGUUCUAUGUUUUUUAUGUGUUGUUUGUAAAUUUGGAUGUUUAUUGUAACAAUCUACAUCCUUCCUUCAAUCGAUAGCACAAUUCAUAUUAAAAGCAUAUUAUAGAAUUUAGCAGUUUACUUCGAAGAAGUAGCUGGUCGAUACAAAACCUAUUUAUGGUAAGUUUUUGAAAUUAAAAGACUGUCUCCUUGUUUAAACUGAUGAUCAAGCCUAUGUCGAUAAUUCCCAAGUGGAAUAAUAUAUUUUCUUGCAUUU